AUGCACGUUAAACUGGGCAUGGAAGUCGGUUACACGAUUCGUUUCGAGGAUUGCACAGAUCCAGGUGGCAAAACUAGGAUCAAGUACAUGACCGAUGGCAUGCUCUUCAGAGAGGCACUCAUGGAUCCGCUACUUUCCAAGUACAGCGUCAUUAUGCUUGAUGAAGCACAUGAGCGCAGUCUCUACACAGAUAUCUUGAUGGGCGUGUUGAAAAAGAUCUUGAAGAAGCGGCCUGAACUUCGGGUCAUCAUUUCCUCCGCAACAUUGGAUGCAGAAGCCUUUGCCGCCUUCUUUUCCUCGAGCAACAGUGGCCAGUCAGAUAGAUUACAGGAAAACGCUGCGAUUCUAUCAGUCCAAGGACGAAUGUACCCUGUAGAUAUCCAUUAUCUCGCAGAGCCUACAUCGGACUAUAUCGAGGGCGCCAUUCAAACAGUGUUUGACAUCCACACCAAGGAACCUGCUGGAGACAUCCUCGUCUUCAUGACCGGUCGAGAGGAAAUUGAGCAGGUCGUAUCAGAAAUCCGCGAGAGAGCUACAACUCUUCCGCCCAACAAAUAUAAUGAGAUCGUGGCCUUGCCGAUCUACGCAGGAUUGUCCGCAGAGGAGCAGAUGCUUGUUUUUGAGCCAACGGAGAAGAGCAUAAGGAAGGUUGUUGUAGCUACUAAUGUUGCGGAGGCAUCCAUUACUAUUCCGGGCGUUGGCUUUGUGAUCGACUCGGGAUUUGUCAAGAUCCGCGCAUACAACCCAAGGACAGGCAUGGAGGCUUUGACAACAACGACCAUCUCUCAGGCAUCUGCUGAACAGCGGUCAGGACGGGCAGGCCGCAUCCGAAACGGCAAGGCCUAUCGAUUAUACACAGAAGCCAGUUUCUUGAAUGAUAUGUCGCCAGCCUCGGUCCCUGAGAUCCAACGGUCCAAUUUGGCCGGUAUGGUCCUGCAGCUCAAGGCGCUUGGGAUUGAAAACGUGCUCCGGUUUGAUUUCAUGACCAGCCCACCGGCCGAAAUGAUGAGCAAAGCGUUGGAGUUGAUAUACUCAUUGAAAGCGCUGGAUGAUUACGGACGCCUGACGAUUCCUCUGGGUAUGCGAUUGGCAGAGUUCCCGCUGGAUCCAUUACUAGGGAAAAUCCUCCUGGACUCUGGGAAUUUCAACUGCAGCCAGGAGAUACUUACCAUUGCAGCAAUGGUGUCUGUACAGAAUGUCUUCGUGAACCCAACAAGCCCCGGAGCAGAAGAGCAACAUCGCAAGUUUGGAGCACUUGAAGGAGAUCAUGUUACACUCUUGAAUGUAUACAAUGCCUUUGUGAGUCGCGGGAGGAAGUCCGCGAAGUGGUGCGCGAAUCAUCUUAUCAACUUCAAGGCAAUGUCCAGGGCGCUCUCCAUUCGUUCUCACCUUGAGCGAUAUCUCGUCCGAGUAUUGAACUUGUCAGGGUCUGACCAGUUGAGCACCUCCGCUUCAUUGCGGGCAGGCGAAAGACCUGAUCUCAAGGCUGUGACGGUCAUGAUCCGCAAGUGUCUCGUGUCUGGAUAUUUUGCCCAGGCAGCUAAGAUUGCACCGGACGGAACUCACUGGAUCAGCGUGCGUGAGGACAGAGCAGCAGGGUCCUCUGGGAUGUAUAUGCCGACAAAGCUCUGGAUGCACCCUACGUCAAUUCUGUUCAAGCAGGCACCAAAGUGGGUCAUCUUUCACGAGGUCGUGGAGACCAGCCAGGGCAAGGCGUAUAUGCGGGAGGUCACUGCAAUAGAGCCGGAGUGGCUGGAAGAGCUGGCGCCGCACUUUUACAUCAUAAAAAGGAAGUCGUAAGACAAAUAAACGUUAGUUCAAGCCC